CGAUGGGAUCCCGGUCUGGCUAGGCUUGAUCCAUGGUUGCUUGGAUAAAGCGUUUGGAAGUUUGCAUUGCGCACCGGAAAAGAAUUGGCACUUUUCCCCCAUCCCCCCCCUCCCUCUUUACAAACUAUUUCAAAGGUUCACACUAAGCUACGCAAACCAUGCAGGAUGAUUUACUGAUGGACAAAAGCAACCCCCAGCAGCUUUCACCAAGGUCAGAGCAAAGCACCGAAGCCUCAGAAACUCCCAAAUCAGAAGAGAGCUCCGUGAGUAUAAACACCCCGGUUUCUGCUCAGAAUAAAGAGAAAGCGCAGAUGGAAUCGCCAAUUUUGCCCGGCUUGAGCUUUCAGCCCCAGGAGCCUGGUACCUCCUUGUCCCCUUCGUUCAGUACAUGGUCGACUGGCACCACCAACACCGUAGAUGAUAGUUUUUUCCAAGGGAUUCCGCCCGUCAACGGGACGAUGCUAUUUCAAAAUUUCACUCACGUCAACCCGGUUUUCGGUGGCACUUUCUCACCCCAGAUCGGUCUGGCUCAACAGACACAGCACCACCAACAAGCCCAGCAACAGCAGCAGAGGAGAUCGCCCGUCAGCCCACAAGCUCCCUUCGCCCAACGCAGCGCCUACAACCACCAGCCCAUCAUGACAAGCAAGCCCUCCUCGGCUUGGAACAACCAUCAGAAUACGACCUGGAGCACAGCCCCCAACCCUUGGAGCGGGCUGCAAGCCAGGGAUCCCCGGCGAGCUGUAGGGGUGCCUUCCCCCCUCAACCCUAUCUCUCCGCUAAAGAAACCUUUUUCCAGCAACGUGAUUGCUCCCCCUAAAUUCCCUCGAACUGCACCCACACUAACUCCCAAGUCUUGGAUGGACGACAACGCCUUUAGGACGGACAACAGCAACGGCAUGUUGCAAUUUCAGGACCGGAAUCGGCCCUAUGACGCAUUUAACUUGCACUCUUUGGAGAAUUCUUUAAUGGAUAUUAUGAGGAGUGACCAUGAGCCUCUCAAAGGUAAACACUACCCUCCCAGUGGCCCACCAAUGACUAUUGCCGAUAUAAUGUGGAGGAAUCACUUUGCAGGACGCUUGGGCCUUAAUUUCCCUCAUCCAGGAACAGAUAACCUUGUGGCACUAAAUAAUACAAGGACAUUUGGCCGACGAAGAGGUCGUUCUUCGCUUUUUCCUAUUGAAGAUGGUUUCCUUGAUGAUGGUCAUGGUGACCAGUCUCUGACAUCAGGUUUAAACUCUCCAACCCGCUGUCAGAAUGGUGAAAGGGUGGAACGUUAUUCACGAAAGGUCUUUGUGGGAGGCCUACCUCCAGACAUUGAUGAAGAUGAAAUCACAGCUAGCUUUCGUCGAUUUGGACCUCUGGUGGUGGAUUGGCCUCACAAAGCUGAAAGCAAAUCAUAUUUCCCACCUAAAGGUUAUGCCUUCCUUCUAUUUCAAGAAGAAAGCUCUGUGCAAGCUCUGAUAGAUGCGUGUAUUGAAGAGGAUGGAAAGCUAUACCUGUGUGUUUCAAGCCCCACUAUCAAGGACAAACCGGUGCAAAUUCGACCAUGGAACCUGAGUGAUAGUGAUUUUGUGAUGGAUGGUUCUCAACCUCUGGAUCCCAGGAAGACUAUCUUUGUGGGAGGAGUUCCCAGACCUCUUCGAGCUGUUGAAUUGGCUAUGAUCAUGGAUCGGCUGUAUGGAGGGGUCUGCUACGCUGGCAUUGAUACAGAUCCUGAGCUGAAGUACCCAAAGGGUGCUGGCAGAGUGGCUUUCUCCAAUCAGCAGAGCUACAUUGCUGCUAUCAGUGCUCGCUUUGUACAGCUCCAGCAUGGAGACAUUGAUAAACGGGUGGAAGUCAAGCCAUAUGUCCUGGAUGAUCAGAUGUGUGAUGAAUGCCAGGGUGCCCGUUGUGGUGGAAAGUUUGCUCCUUUCUUCUGUGCCAAUGUUACCUGUUUGCAGUAUUACUGUGAAUACUGCUGGGCAAGCAUACAUUCACGUGCUGGCAGGGAAUUCCACAAGCCUCUUGUGAAGGAAGGAGGUGAUCGCCCACGUCACGUCCCAUUUCGCUGGAGCUGAAGAGUCUUACAGUCUACCAACACAUACUGGAGUGGAGAGCGCUGCCUCAGGGCUGAGAGGGUUCUUGAAAUGGGUGCAUUCUUCCUCAGAUAAUGAAUGUUUUUUUUUGUGUUUUUUUUUUGAAGUCACAUUACUGAACUCAUCCAAGAUUGUCUGGUAUAUAAAAUUUCAGAGUAAUUGUACUGAAUCUGCACUUUGACUCUCAAACAUCUGCUUGGUACCUUUUUUUGUUUUUGUUUAAAAUUGGACUUUGCAUUGUGAUUUACGAGUUUUAGCUGAUAUGCCAUCAGCUCACGUAACUGUUUCCCAUGACAGGAGCAUGCACUUAUUUUCAGAAACUUAGACUUGCCCCUAGAAGACUUACCAAAGGUAACACACUGUAGGUGGCAUAUGUAGCAAAACAUUUUUCUCAGAUAUUCAGCAGUUAUACAUUUUGGAUCAUUUAGGAUACCAUUACCCUAAAAAUAAGCCUUUUUUGCUCUCCAUUUUGACUUGCAAGAAUAAUACCUCAUAAGCUCAAUUUGAUUUUGCUGGGGUUUUUUUGGUUAGGUCUUUCUUAGUGUUAUGUAAAUGUUUGCUGCAAUAGCUUUUGCUGCUAAAUAAAUGGUAUUGCAGAUAUCAUAGUACUUUAUCAGGCUAGGGUUAUAAAUAAAUGUGGAGCAUAAUGCUGCUGGGAAAAUGCAGUAUAGCAUGGAGAUAGCUCCAGAGGAAGGUCAGUAGAUUUGACUGCAUGUUUACUUAACCAGGUUGCUGCAUGCAAUAAAUUUUGUGUAUCAUGUCUCUUAUAUCUGCUGACAACCUGCCCACCAGUGCACAAAAAAACUAUGUAGGCUACAGAAAAAAAUAUUUCAAUAUGAGAGAAUUGGCUAAUAACUGGAGGAAGGCAUGCCUCAGUAAUGUAAAUGCUUAUGGAGUUUGAAUCUGUGUCCAUUAAAGCAUUACAGAUAUCACAAAUACUUAUAGAUGUAGGAUAUUUUGAAGUUAUGUUGAUGGUAGGUGAAGUACUCUGCGGUGAUCACUUAUUGUGCAAUUUUUAUAUAGUUAAGGUGAUUAUGUAUAGUACUGUGAUAAAAGUAACCGUUGUAAUGUCUGACAUAGAAGUAAGUGAUGCUUCAUAACCAGUGUAUAAACAAAGUGAGCUCAGUUUAAAAAAAAAAAUUCUGCUGCUUGCACCAUUUACAUAGCUUCAGACCUUGUCCAGAAAACCAAAGAGCUCAUACACUACCAAUAUAUUUGUCGGAUUGACAAGUAGGCACAUUAGGAAAGGAAAUUAAUGCUAAAGAACUGUCUGCACAAAGUCAAAAUGGAGAUGUCUGCUUUCUGGUUCAGAAUAAACUCCCCAAAUCCCUGGUUAUAUCCUGCAAAGCUUGAAUUCUAAUAAGAUCUGCUAAUUAGUGGACAUUUUUUAGCAUGUACAGUGGGGCUGCAGAUUUCAACCAAACACAGGCUAAGUGUACCGACAGUUGGGGGUUUGUACACAGUGACCUUCAGCAGCUCUGGGGACAAUCUGACUGGAUAUGACACCGCAUAGUAGAUUUGAUACUAAUUGUUGAGUCAUUUGUGUGUUGUGAUGUCCUGUUUGUGUCCAGUAAGUCUUUAUUUUCUUUUUUUAGUUUAUUUUUCAGUGUUUAGUUGCAAAUAUUGGCAUUGAAAUGGAAUUUUUUUUGAAAAAGAAGAAGAAAUUACUUUUUUACUGGUAAAUCGCUUAUUAUCCCUUUGGAGGUUAACUUCUGGGCUUUUUGUGAUAUUGCUUUCUUGCCCAGGCAUGUUUUUCUAUGUUUUUUCAUUAUCUGUAUAAGACAUUUGUUAUGCACUACUUUUUGUAUCUGGACAGUUUUCAACAGUCAGCUGAUUUUUUAAGGCGUGCUUUCUGACUGACAUGAUCUUUUGCAAUACCUCAAUUUUGAAAUAUAGGAAAGAAAUUGAUAUUUUCUAAGUAAGUUUAUUCUAAAAAUAUAUAUUAAUUUAAUUCUGCAAGGAAAUGAUUUAACAGAUGGGUAAUUUUAUUUUUUUCAUGCUUAUUUGCUUUUUUGGAAACUGAAGGAGCUAGAGCUUUAUAACUUUAAUAUGGAGAAUUGUAGUUAGCUACAGUACAAGACUUUAAAAAGAAUCUACCUAAAUGUGGAAAAGUGAACAUUUAUAAACCGUUUUCCCCUUAUAUAGUUUAAUGUAUGAAUUUAAAAGCUGGAAUGUAAAGAAAUAGUUAAUAAAAGAAACGGCUUGGGAUAGACACAUCUCCAUUGGUGCUGGAAGCUGUUAGUAGAAAGUGAAACUAAAAUAUUUUUCACUUAAUUUGUGUAUUUAUCAUUAAUCCUUUAAGACUGACUGACCAGAAUUGUGAAAGAAUUCUUCUGUUCAUGUUAUUUUUGUAUGAAUAUCUUUUUUAUGUUAAGUUAUAACAUGCCCCAAUUUGUUUACUUGUUAAUGAAUAUAAAUGAGGUCCUUCAGAUUGAGAAUGUUAUUUCUAAGGUGUUCAAAUUGUAACUUGACUAAGAGCCCCUUGGUGCAUCAGGUCCAUAUGUGGCCUUCUCUUGAUGUUGGAGACUUGAAUUAGUCAAUUUUGAAGGCUAACUUAACCUCAACUCUUUGUUGUAAUGUGCAAUACUGUUUGUACUGUUUGUAAAAAAAAAGAAAUCAAAAGCAUAAAUCUUUAGUGAAGAUUUAUUUUCAUUGCAAACUUUAGACAUCGUGAUUCACUAAAUCAUUUUUCUACUGUCAAAUGUGUACCUUUUCUUCAUGCUAGUAUUUUUUCAAUAGCAAUGUAGCCUUUGUACUGAUACAAAUAUUCAUUGUUAUUUUUAGAGAUUUUUGCUAAAACCAGAGGAUUUAAACAUAUUUACAUAUUUUUCAUUUUUAUUUUAGUUAUUUUUCUUUACAGACUGCUUUUCUGACCAUAAUAGUCAUUUCUGGGAGAGACUUUCAUAUCUGGUCAAUGUCCAAUAUUAUUUUGUAUUUUUACUUGGAAUAAAUUAAUUUUAUGAUGCUAAUUCUUUAAAGUUUAUUUUCAGUUUUGUUAUUUUUUUGGAGCUGAAACAUUUGUAAUAUUGUUACUAAAGUGUCUAGUUUUGAAAUGCAAAGCUUCAUGUAUUAACUUGCUGAAGUGGUUUACAGUAGUGUGGUAAUGACAAACGGCUGACAAUGUAGAGUGAUUGAUGUAAUUGAAUGAAUGGGCAAUAAAAUGAUCAGAAUGGAGCAGACAAAAUGUUGUGCUAUUGUGGGGGGAAAGAAUCAUAGUUGUAUGUGGGGAGUCUAUCUGUCUUGCUGAAUGACAAAGCAUGGAUUUUUGGAGAUGGGAAAUGCCUUUUUUUUUGUGAAGGCUGGAUUGUUUGUAGCAACCAGUUUUUGUACUGCUUUGUACAUCCACUUGAUCUUUCUUUCUAGUUACUAACCAAACUUUUCCUCUCAGACUCAGUUAGCUGCUACAGUGUUGAAAAUAUGCCACCAAGUAUUUAUAAAUGCAAGCAAUUACUAUAUACCCCAAAAGGGUAGCUAGCCGGAUAUAUAGGUAAAUGUGAAAAUUCUGCAAAAAUUUUUUUUGCACAAAAUUCAUAGCUAAUGCACCACUUUUAGUAUUGAGUCAGUUCACUUAACAUUAAGGUGCUAAUACUAAUUAAACAUAAUAUAGCCAAACUUUUCUGGAUGUAGUUGUAUUGGGGUAUACAGUACAAGUAUUUGUAACUUUGCUGUUAAAUAAUGGAAAACAUCAUUUUUAGAGUGUUCAAAGCUAGGAUGUCUUUGUUUCUAAACAAACUACUAAUUUUAAAUGUAUCUUUUACUGUUCUCCUAGAUUGUUUAGCUAGUACUCUUACACGGCAUAUACAUUUUGGCUUGGACUAAUGCUUGUACGGAACUGCAGUACUGUGACUAAACAUGGAGCUCAAUGCUGCUACUGCUUACCAAUGCUUAAGUUUGUAGUUUGGACUUUAAUUUUUCUGUACUAACAAGUAAAUCUUAUUAAACUUAGUUGUAUGAAGCAGUAACAUUUGUCAUGAUUUUGCAUGAUCAUUGACGAGUGUUGGUAUGAUCUGCAGCUGAUAAAAUCACAGAAGCCUCUUGCAGUCUAAUUGGCUGAAAACUCAUGAGCAAAAGAUUUUGGGUCCAUGAACACUUGAACUUGCAAAGCAGCACCAUCUGCAGGCAAUACUCAUCUAUAGAAAUUUUAUUUGGAAUUUACUCAGUAUAUUGGAACUUUAAAAUUGGCCAGUUCACUACAAUAUUAUUUAAUGAACUGUUGCAACAUAACAAACCAUAAGCAAUGGAAAAAUACUAAUUUCUAGUGAAGAAACUGAGUAUAUUACUAGAAAAUGUUGCUUCCAGUUCCAAUAAAAUGUCAGUGGUUUAAUUGGCACUGCCAAUUUUUCUCACUUCCCUUAUGCAAGGUUUACUUGUUCAAAUUCAAUGCCUUCCUGAAGGCCAUUCCCUGCAUCAUCCUAAUCCUCUGCAUCAAGUCCUGGGAUGCCCUACUAUCUUUGCAUUUAUGAACUAAUGUGUCGCAAAUAAUUGGCAAAACUUAAACAAUUAAGUUUGCACAUUACAGAGUAGAAGCUGUUAAUAUAACUGUUUAAAAAUCGCACUGUACUGACUUAUAUCUGUACUGUUAUUACAUUAAUGUCCAAAAAGCAUUUUAAAAGUAGUCUACUGAGCAAUAAGUAAGCAACAAAA